UUUGUGUACAAUCCAAGACCUUGAAUUCGUCGACUUCGUAAAUAAUAAUAAAAUGUAGCUUUUAUUGUAAUUCUGAUGAUGAAAAUAGCACAUAUUUUUAAAAUAAUUUCAGAAUAAAUUCAGUUUCUUGAACACUAUAAAUAUUCAUUAUAACUCUUCCCAUUUUUUUUCAAUAUUUAGUAAAAUGUUCUCCCUUCAGUCAGCUUUUCGUGGGUUAACUUCUUCUUGCAUAAGUGCAUUUAAUAAUUUGAAUAGAAAUUUCCAUUCAAGCCAACAGUUAGGAUUUAAUUUCACACCUAUACUAUGUGCUGAACCUCUUAGAAAGAAAAAAAGAAUUGACCCUCAGAUACUGAGAGAGAGGGCUGAAAAGAAAAUCAGAAGACUUCAACGAGACAUUAGGCGAUUAGAAAAAGUAUCUAGACAGUUCAAACCUAUUUCAGAAUUAGAAGUUCCCAGAAAAGCAAUCAGAGACAAUGAGCGUCAUCGCCCCCCUGCAAUACUAACAGAAGCUGAAUUAAAAGAACGUGCAGAAUUAAAGUACCUCUGGGCUGUGUACAAAAGAAAGCAGCAUUUAGCUGAAAUGGCUGCCAUACAGCGAGUUUCAGCUGCACAGGAGAGAGCUUUAGAUGCUUUGCAGGAAGUCUCACAACAGUUAUAUGAAGAAGCCUUGCAACCGGAUCCUGCUUUGAUACCAUUUAAAAUGACUGGUCCAGUAGAGACUCCUCCCAUAGAUGAUUAUGAUUAUCCUGAUGGGGAGUUCAUUGAUGUUACUAAAGUGUAUCAACCCAUAGUACCAUCAGAUCCUCAGAAACAGAAGAAAUUAGGCUUGCAUAAAAAGAAAUAAUUAAAUUUUCUCAUGUAUAUAUUAAUUUGAAUUAAAUUUAUUGCUUUUCAAA